UGGCUCAACUCUUGGCAGUGUAGUGAUAAAUGUAGCUCAAUCCACACAUUGAGGAUAUUGUGCCCUGACAGUUGCAACAGCUGUUCAUAAAUCAAAUAACCAGCUACCUUUAAACUAGUCAUUUACUAAGUCAUGUUGAAUAGUUGCAUCAUGAAUGUGUGCUAGUGAAGACUAAAUCGUUUGCUAUAAAACAUCUGUACCUGUGGUGUUAUACUUAGUAUUGGGGGAAACGGACAAAUCUUUUAAGUUGUGUGAUAGCUGUAGUUUUUGUGCAUACAUCCGUAGAAAAUAACAUUAGCCUAUUUGACAAUUUACUUAUCAAAUGGUGUUGCAGUUAUUUGUCGCAGUUUACGUUACAUUUGUGGAGUGUAAUUUUGAGGUCAGACAUGUUGACCAUAUUUCAUUGAUUCAGUUGAAACUAGUCCAUUUACCAACUAAUGUAAGUUGGUUCAGUUACCUACCAAAACAUUGAGCUAAGCAACGCCUGGUAGUCGGUAGAGGAGUAGCUAUUUAAACGUAAGAACUGGUUUUGUGGGGAAACUUUGGGGAUGUGUAACAGCCCACUAUUAAUAGCUAUGGGUUGUUUAUUGUCCACUUUAAAUCCCUGGUGCACCUUCCCCCCGGUAGACUAAACCCUGGCUGACGCACUACACGGCUUCUGGCACAAACUUAAAUCAAGUCUCCGAGUUCGUGCCGUACACAGACCGCUGACGAGAUUAAGCUUAGAGGUGAGCACGUUGCACCGUGCCGUGACGGGCAACCUGUGACCUUUCCUCUCCCACAGCUUGGACAUAACGACAGGUAGGCCGCGGAUCAUAUAUAUGGGCGGUGGAUGAUGCAGGGGCGGAGCCAGAGGACGUGACGUCCCGCUCGGUGAGGACAUCGUAAAAUCCGUGCAUCUGCUCGUUAGCGUUGGUGUUUGGGGAGGAUUAUCUCGCGGAUGGCUGAGUGAGUGAAUGUUGCCGAUUAAGGUUAUCAGGAAGCGACACAGUGAAGACAAAAGAGCCAAUACAGGCCUACGAUCAGCCACCGAGCUCCACAACCAUGGAUCUAACUUUUAUUUUAUCAGCAAUUAUUUUCACACUUCUCGCUAUUGUGGUCGCAACGUCGCUAUUUAGCGGCUCUUCGUCUACAGGCCACUUUACAAACGCACGGAGUUACUUCGGACACACUGAGGACCGUGCAGCCGGGAGAUUAGACGAGUCAGGGCCGAAGCAGAAUGGCCAUGUACCCGGCAAGAACAACAAGACGGAGGACGACUGGUGCAAUAUCAGCGGGAGCUCACACGAUCACUGGGAUGUAGUGAAAUCCGUGUUUCCAGAGGAGGCACACCCCAACCCUCUCACUGAAGAACUGGCAACACCAGUUGAGCACUCCUCCUCCACAUCCAGCUCGCCCAUCCCCAGGCCUGGAUCUAGGCAUUUGAGCUUAGAGGUAGAGUCAUCUACCAAGGCCUCGUCAGGGAGGGGUCGUACGUCAUUCAUUGGGCUCUCUGAUAAGGAGCUCCUAAAGUGUGCUUUCUCUUACCCCCAGACUGAAGGAGCCACAGAGAGCCCGGGGAUCAACGAUGAAGUGGAGUCCAGCGCAAAUGAUUCCUUGAAGUACAUCCCUGGAAAGGCUCGAUCACACCAUUUGCAAAUGAUGAUGUCCAAAAAUGAGCUGGAGGAGGAACAGAGAGUACAACGGGAACAGCUGGCUGCCAUCUUCCAGCUGCUGAAAGACAACAAGGAGACAUUUGGGGAGGUGUCUGAUGGAGACAUAGAGGAGCAGCUCAGACUCUACUCCAUUUGAGACUCCACUCUGACUCAGGUCUUCACGUUGUGGACCACCCUCUCUGCCUGUGCUCUUCCCUGUGACCACUACUGAAGGACUUCUCCAGUUCACCAAAUGCAUCAAUAAACCUGUUCACAGUAUUCAACACAGCUGUACCGUCCACUCAACAACUACUCUGACAAUAUGUCGUACUUUCAUUUUUACCAUUUGUACAAGCCACCUGUCAUUCAGACUCGGUCUACAUGAAAGACUAAAUGAAAGCAGCUGGACCUCUUCCAGCCCAGAGUGCAAUUUUCUAGCCACCCAAAUAUGUGAAUAAAGACUGAAAGGGAUAAAGGAC